GCUGCCCUCCCACACUACACUGUGUGCUCUGUAGUGAGACAAGUGGCCCUGUCAAAACAGCAGAGGCAGGACGGCUGACAUCUGUAUGUUUGUAGAGUGACUGUGGAUGUAGAAGCAGACAGGAUGAUCUAGAUGCCUCUGGAGCUUGGUUUAAAUUGAUCGGUUCAAGAGAGAAGUGGGGACACUGAAGAUCUUGCUGAUUGACCAAGAAUUACGUGGAUAAUCAGUCUUUAAUUGUUAGUGAGAGAACCAAGUUCGGGGUUAGGCGCUUCUACACCCAUUAACGGUGAAACCUUCCUGGUCAACCAUGGCAUCAAUGGGUCUCCAGGUGCUGGGCUUGGUGCUGGCCCUGCUGGGCUGGGUGUGCGGGGCUUUGGUCUGCGCGGCUCCACUGUGGCGCAUAUCAGCCUUCGUUGGGGGAGAGUUAGUGAUUGCCCAGGUGCUGUGGGAGGGUCUAUGGAUGAACUGUCUGUCUCAGACCACAGGUCACAUCCAGUGCAAGACCUACGAUUCCACCUUGGCCCUCCCUAAGUCUGCCCAGGCAGCCCGAGGCCUGACGGUUCUUGCCCUGCUCCUCAGCAUCCUUGCUGUAAUGCUUGGUGUAGUUGGGGCAAAGUGUACUCACUGCAUGGGAGACGGUAACCAGGACUCCAAAGCUCGACUGGCCAGGAUAGCAGGGGUGCUCCUCAUUGUGGCUGGCCUCGCCUAUUUAACUCCCAUCUCUUGGACAGCCUAUGCUACGAUCAGGGACUUCUAUGAUCCAAGUGUUGCAGCACCUUUAAAGAGAGAACUGGGACCUGCAUUGUAUCUGGGCUGGGGGGCUAGCAUGCUGCUGCUACUGGGGGGAACUCUGCUUCACGUCGGCUCCUCUGCACCAGGAGGAAGAGCGCUGCCCAUUUCUGGAGCCGCAGCAAAACUCAGUCCAUCCCCUGGGAUGGCAGGAGAGGUGAAGCAGCCGGAGAAGUCAUUUGUAUGAGAUCACAUUGCUCAACUCCUGUAAAAUACACAGUUUACAGUUAUUACUUGUAGAACUUUAUACUGUAUAUAGAAAAUAUUACAUUUCUUCAAAACGUGGGCUGAUUUCAUGUCUUGUUCUGCCUUCAGUCCUAUUGAUAACCAUGCUUACAGAUUUUUUUUUUAGCAGAACUAACACUGUAGAAUUGUGUCUUACAUACAAAAGUAAACUAAAGUAGAGGCCUAAAUCACUCAUACUCCUGGGAAUUUAAGAGUUCUAUUUCUGUCCUGACAGAAUCAAAUUCUAUGUGUUUAUCUGCACCAGCCAAAGUCCUGAGCCUAAAUCUGAUAGAAAAUAGAGGCUAAAGAUCCGAUCUAUGGACGUUUUCCAUCUUUAAUGAUUUUUAGCUCAUUGCUAUAGAGAAACAAUGAAAUACCAAUGCUAAAGCCAUAAAAACAAAAAGUGAUCAUUUGAACAUAUUAUUGGGAAUGAUAUUAAUAAUUCUGGACGUGUCAUUUCUGAUUAAAAAAGUUAAUUCAAUCUUUUUGUUUGUUUUUCAAAAUGAAUACUCUAACAUUGUGUUAGCAGAUGUUUGUUUCAUUGAAUAAUAAUAAAAUAAUUUUAGGCUUAUCUGCAUACCACACUGUGGUCAUGUUAAAAAAAAAGAAGGAUUAAUAACUUUACUUUAAGGGCUUUGUGUUGGAGUGGGAGAUGAAUUAAACUGUAGGAGGAUUUUAAAUGUUUUGAUGAUCACUAAUGCGCAUGGCUCACAUUUCUAAGAUGCCUUUCUGCCUCUGCCUAUGUUUGUGUUUAUGUGUGUGCCUCAUUGUGUGUGGUCUGCGUACUAAAGGCCGGUGCAUUGUACAACACUAUACAAUGUUUUUUUGUUUUUUUCUAAAAAAAAAAUCCCACUUUUUUCAGGGGUUGGUUAACUUUAAAUCUUUAUGUGGUUUUAUUCUUAUCAAGAUAUAUUAUUUUAUUAAGCUUUGCUACUCCUGCUUGAUAUACUGUAUAUUAAUUGAAAAAAAAGUACGUUGAAAUAAUGAUUCAUGAAAUGCACAGUGUUCCAUAGAAUUUGAAUUAUUUAUAUAGGAAAGGCAAUUCAAAAAAAGUGAUUUGCUUUCUUUGACUGUGUUUUUUUUAGUAUCCUGAAUAAAGCUUUCUUUUCUGCAAUUACUAGAUUGUAGGAUGUAGGUUGUCACACUGUUUUAGGCAAAUGCCUAUCAAGUUAGAUAUACAGUCCAGUAUAAUGUCCAUAUUAAAAAGUUAGAAUCUAUUAUCUUUGUGUUAUAAUGUUGGAGUUAUGAAACGUUGACAGUAGAUUUUGCCUUAAAUCUUUGCCUUACUCGUUUUCCUACUUAAAACACCUCUUUGGAUACUUUAUUAUUAUUAUUUUAUUUUUUUUGAAUGGUGGCCAAGUUCCCGUUUUAGUCCCAUUUGUCAUUUUUAACCAGUCAUUACUUCUCUGUAGUCCACUUUUAAAAUCUUCCAAGAAGAAACUCAACCAGUGCACAGAUUGCUUAACUAUCUAUUGGAUCUAUAUGGAUGUCUAGUUAAAUUUGAGAAUGUUUCCUGCCCAUGCUGAAGUUAUGUUUAUUUAAAAAAAAGCCAGGUCUAUGUUACCAAGGCUCAUUUGAUCAUAUUUUCACCUUUACAGGUUAGGUUACCAAUACACGUCAUUUAAUUGAAUUUCAUGAUCUGAUUUGUUCAUUUUCAUCAUUUUAUUGUCCGUACCCCAAAGGUUAAGCUGAUAAGUGUU